CGUUUCGCUCCUCCCGCGGGGAGGCGGCGCUGGCGGCUCGGGGAAUUAUUUAACAUAAGUGAAAAUGCCUUCUGCCAAACAUCCAAAUGAAAAUGAAACACCCAAAGAGAGAAAACCAGGACUGAGGAGUGUACAGACAACUAUGCUUUUCCGAGCCGUGAACCCAGAGCUUUUCAUUAAACCCAACAAACCUGUGAUGGCAUUUGGACUCAUAGCAAUUACCCUCUGCGUGGCCUACCUUGGUUAUUUGCAUGCAACAGUAGAGAAUAAAAAGGAUCUCUAUGAAGCCAUCGACAGUGAGGGCUCCAGCUAUAUGAGGAGGAAAACUUCCAAGUGGGACUGACAACGUAAGGAAGGAAAUCAGCAAAUCAAUCCACGGAACUUUUCAAGGCAAAUAACUGGGUUUUUUUUCUCUAUCAUUGAAAUAAUGGAUAAAUGUCUCUCUUGCUAUUUAUUCCAAGUUAGGUUCCUUUGUAAAUUGUUAUGCCUGUACAAAUAAAUUGCAAUUAAGAUAUAUGCAAAGCAUAAAAGUGACUUUAAGCAUGGUUGUCUGUGAUCCCCACAGUUUGCCAGAAGAUGUGAAAUUAACUUGGGCGUACAGUCAAGGCUGCUAAAUGCCUUAA